AUGACAUCUGGUAGUGGUAGUGAAGCUGGUCUUCCCAAACCAGUGGAUGAUGCGCUGCGAGCAUUGGAGCAGCGUUGGGAUCAACGUUUUCAUGAACAAGACGUUAGACAGCGGCGUUUUGAGACUCUUUUGGAAACGAUUUUGGAGCGUUUGGAUACCUUGGGUAUCGACGCCAAUAAUAGGUAUGAUUAUGAUAGGGAAAAUAGCGAUUUUCGCUUGAAAGUAGAUAUUCCUAAUUUUAAUGGGUGUUUGGGAAUCGAAGAAUUUAUGGAUUGGAUUGCGGAAGUAGACAGAUUCUUUAAUUAUCUUGAUACUCCAGCAGAGAAAAGAGUGAAGCUUGUGGCGUGUCGCCUGAAAGGUGGAGCAUCUGCUUGGUGGGAUCGAUUGCAGUCUCGUAGGGUACGAAAAGGGAAAAAUCUUGUUCGUACUUGGUAUAGGAUGAAAUUCCUAUUACAGCAAGAAUUCCUUCCUCCAGAUUAUGAGCAGAUUUUAUUCCAGGCAUAUCAAAACUUGAAGCAGGGUGCUAAGUCUGUUCAUGAGUACACUGCAGAUUUCAUGAGAGGUAGAAUUGGAGUGCAGGUGGUUCGAACUCUAUCUGAGGUGAAGAAUUUGGUAUUAAAAGCAGAGCUUAUGCAGCAAGAACGCAGUAGGCGGAAUUAUGACAAUUAUCGAGAUGAUGGAUCUGAUGAUAAGGAUAAAAAGGAGCUUACUGAUCGGAAGUUCAAUAAUAAUAACAGGCAGAAUUAUAGAGAGGAGAAGGCUGUGGGAAAACGUGUUGUCGCUGAAGGAGGAGAUAAUAAGAAAGGGGACAAUAACCCUUACGCCAAGUUUCAUGGUGUAACCUGUUACAGGUAUGAGGACGAUGAGGAAGAUGAUUAUGAUGAGGAUGAUAAGCAAAUCUAUGUAGUUCGGAGAAUGAUGUUGACUCCGAAGAGUGAAACUCAGACACAACGCCAUCAACUGUUUAAGACUCGGUGUACUAUCAAUGGUAAGGUGUUUCGUUUAAUUAUUGAUAGUGGAAGUUAUGAGAAUAUCAUUAGUAAAGAAGCAGUGCGGAAGCUGAAUUUACCUGUUGAGAAACAUCCCACACCUUAUUCUUUGUGGUGGAUUAAAUCAGAAUCUAGGCAAUUGGAUGUGACUAAGUGCUGUAAAGUUCCUUUCUCUAUAGGGAAGUAUAAGGAUGAAGUUUACUGCGAUGUGGUUGAUAUGGAUGUUUGCCAAUUCUUGCUUGGAAGACCUUGGCAGUAUGAUCUUGAUGUUUUGCAUUCAGGCAAGAGUAACCAAUAUCGGUUCGAAAAAAAUGGUGAAAAAUUUCUCUUGUUGCCUAUGCAGAAGAGUGAUAAAUCAAAGGAGCAGAAAACCUUCCUAUCUGUGGCUAAGGAUUUCGGUUCAGAGAUGAAGGAAUCUAAUGAACUGUAUGCCUUGGUGGUGAAGCAGCAAGUUGAGUUGCAAGUGGAGGAGCACCCAGAUUUGGUGCAACCAUUAUUGUUGGAAUUCAAGGAUAUUAUGCCAGAUGAUAUUCCUGAUGGGUUACCUCCUAUGCGAGAUAUUCAGCAUCAUAUUAAUCUUAUCCCUGGGGCGAGGUUGCCAAAUAUGCCUCAUUACAGAAUGAACCCAAAGGAGAGCGAGAUCCUGAAGGAGAAAGUAGAGGAAUUGCUGAAAAAGGGUCUGAUUCGUGAGAGCAUGAGUCCUUGUGCUGUACCUGCAUUGUUGACGCCCAAGAAAGAUGGAAGUUGGAGAAUGUGUGUAGACAGCAGCGCUAUCAAUCGGAUUACAGUAGGUUAUAAAUUCCCAAUACCUAGGCCGGAUGAUAUGUUGGAUAGGCUUACUGGUUCUGCUUGGUUUUCAAAGUUUGAUUUGAAGAAUGGGUAUCACCAGAUUCGAAUUAGGCCAGGUGAUGAGUGGAAAACAGCAUUUAAGACGAAAGAGGGGUUGUUUGAGUGGCUGGUCAUGUCGUUUGGGUUAUCCAAUGCACCUAGCACCUUCAUGAGGCUGAUGAAUCAGGUACUGAAACCUUUUCCUGGCCAGUUUGUUGUGGUGUAUUUUGAUGACAUAUUGAUUUAUAGUAAUUCUGAGGAAGAACAUUUGGCGCACUUAAGGCAAGUGUUAGAGGUUUUGCAGCAGAAUAAGUUGUAUGUCAACCUGAAGAAGUGUAACUUCUUAACGCGUCAACUAUUAUUUUUGGGAUUUGUGGUUUCUGCUGAUGGUGUGCAGGUUGAUGAAUCUAAGAUUCUGGCAAUUAAGGAUUGGCCUGAACCGAAAAAUGUGUCUGAGCUGCGAAGUUUUCAUGGUUUGGCCACCUUCUAUAGGAGUUUUGUCACUUUGAAAGAAAAAUUGUAUACUGCUCCAGUUCUUGCACUUCCUGAUUUUGAUAAGGUUUUUAAAGUGGAUUGUGAUGCUAGUGGGGUUGGCAUAGGUGCUGUUUUGUCGCAAGAGAAAAGGCCAGUAGCGUUUUUCAGUGAGAAGUUGAGUGAUUCUACAAGGAAAUGGAGUACUUAUGAUAAAGAAUUUUAUUAUGUUGUAAGGGCUCUGAAAACGUGGGAACACUAUCUGGUUGGAAAGGAGUUUGUGCUUUACUCUGAUCAUGAGGCUUUGAAGUAUCUGAAUAGUAAGAAGCGGAUUAGUAGCGAUAUGCAUGCCAGGUGGUGCCAGUAUCUGCAGAAAUUUCCAUUCAGAUUGCAGCAUAAAUCUGGAGUUCAGAACAAAGUGGCUGAUUCUUUGAGUAGGAGAGUAACUUUGCUAACUACCUUGAGUAGUUCUAUUUUAGGUUUUGAGCAGUUGAAAGGGGAAUACGAAGAUGAUGAAGAUUUUUCUGAGAUUUGGAGCAAGGUUUCGAACAAGCAACCUUCAGCUGGUCAUGUGGGUCGUGAUAAGACUUUAGAGGUUGUGAAAGAGAGGUUUUAUUGGUCUCAUCUUAGAAGAGAUGUUUGCAAAUUUGUUGAGAAGUGUUAUACUUGUCAGACAUCGAAGGGUCAGUCUAAGAAUACUGGUUUGUAUAUGCCGCUGCCAGUGCCAGAAAAUAUUUGGGAGGAUCUGUCCAUGGAUUUUGUGUUGGGACUUCCUCGAACUCAGAGAGGAGUUGGUUCUAUUUUUGUAGUUGUUGACAGGUUUUUGAAAAUGGCACAUUUUAUUCCUUGUAAGAAAACUUCAGAUGCAGUUGCGAUAGCAAGAUUGUUCUUCAAGGAGGUAGUUCCUUUACAUGGGGUGCCUAAGACCAUUACUUCUGAUAGGGACAAUAAGUUUCUUAGUCAUUUUUGGCGUACUUUGUGGAAGAUAUUUGAUUCAUCUUUGAAUUUCAGUAGUACAGCCCAUCCCCAGACAGAUGGUCAGACUGAAGCUGUUAAGAGGACUUUGGGUAACUUGGUUCGCUGUCUUUAUGGUGAGAAGCCGAAACAGUGGGAUAUUGCUCUUCCACAAGCUGAGUUUGCCUACAACAAUGCGGUUCAUAGUGCUACUGAUAGAACCCCAUUUUCUAUUAUGUAUAUUAAGGCACCAUCACAAACGCUGGACAUGGUGAAGCUGCCAAAGGGUAAUGGAUUGAAUGUGUCUGCAAAGCAUCUGGCUGAACAGGUUGUUGAGGUGCAGCAAGCAGUCAAGCAGAAACUUGAAGCUGCAAACCAGAAGUAUAAACAGGCUAAUGACAAAUAUAGACGCCAUGAGACCUUUGAAGUGGGUGAUCAGGUUAGGGUGUUUUUGCGCAAGGAGCGGUUACCAGUGGGCACCUACAGUAAGCUUAAACCGAAGAAGUAUGGUCCUUAUACUAUCCUUCAGAAGAUUAAUGAUAAUGCUUAUAUUGUUGAUCUUCCUGAUAACAUGGGCAUCUCCAAAACCUUUAAUGUGUCGGAUUUGUCUAAGUUUCAUGAUUCUUCUGUGCCUUUAUAUCCAAACUCGAGGACGAGUUUUUCUCAAGUGGAGGAGACUGAUGCGGAUGAGCUAGGCAUAUCAUUUAUGGAUCUAUGGACCAUCAGAAGUCCGUUCGAAAGGGCGUGUAACGUUUUGGAUUUUUGGCUUGAAGCUCCUGUUGAUUUUGAAGACGAUGAGCAAUUUCAAAGCACUGUCAUCUCACAGUCAUCCAACCAGAGUCCUAAUCCUGUGGAACAUGAUCCAGAUGCAGAGGUUGUUGCCUUAUCUCCAAGGACUCUUAUGGCAACCAACAGAUACAUAUGUGAAGUCUGCCAUAAAGGAUUUCAAAGGGAUCAGAACCUUCAGCUGCAUAGGAGGGGACAUAACUUGCCUUGGAAACUGAAGCAAAGAACAACUACACAGGUUAAGAAAAGGGUUUAUGUCUGUCCUGAGCCUAAUUGUGUGCAUCAUGAUCCGAGCCGGGCUCUAGGUGACCUCACUGGGAUUAAGAAGCACUUCUGCAGGAAACAUGGAGAGAAGAAAUGGAAGUGUGAUAAGUGCUCGAAACGAUAUGCUGUUCAAUCAGACUGGAAGGCACAUACAAAGAUCUGUGGCACCCGAGAAUAUCGUUGUGAUUGUGGCACCAUUUUUUCAAGGAAGGACAGCUUUGUCACACACAGGGCUUUUUGUGAUGCAUUAACAGAGGAAAAUUACAGGGUGAACCAUAACCUAGGUGCCAGUGGAGGAAUUUUACAGAGCCAGGCACAGGAGCUGUUCACUUGUGAUACAGGCUCCAAUGCAAAUACGAUGAUGAAUCUGUCGAUUUCUAAUGAGAAUAUGGACAAUUCACCAAGGCCAUUGUCUCUGACCUCGGCUGGAGUAAUGAUAUCUAGCAAUUUAGACUCAAUUUUCAAUCCAAGAACAUCUCCUCUGGCAAUGGGAUCUGCUUAUACUUCUGCUACAGCCUUGUUACAGAAAGCUGCAGAAAUGGGUGCUAAGAUCAGUGAUAAUACCAUUGCUCCAAUCCUCCUUAGGGGUUUUACCGGAUAUUCAACCAGCGGCCUGAACUCAUCCGGGGCUGUCCAGGAAGGUUCUUCCAUGGUAGGUAGUAACAUGGCAACUCAUGCAACAAGCACCAAUAAUUUUUACGUUGGGGAGGAAACAUAUGAAAAGAACUUGGAGCCAGGGGAUCCAAGAUCUCUCAACACCGUUCCUCCUGCAUUGUUCGAUUCUCAUUUUCUACACUCGGAGGAGAACGGUAACACUGCAAAUCUGUUGGGAGAAGUGUAUAUGGGAGGAAGUGAAAAGAUGACAGUUGAUUUUUUGGGAGUGGAACCAACAGGGCAUCAGAGUAUCAGCAAGAAAAGAAGCUAUGACGGUAACAUAGUGAACUUGGGCUACUCCAAUGGACAGAAAAGCUUGAACCAUUUGCGAUCCAACUGGUGA